AGGCUCUGCUUGUCAGUCAGACUUUGAACAGUGCACUGGCGCUCAUCACUGCUAAUCUCCGGCCGCUGCUUGUCAUCAACGACGCUGCCACUGACAGUUAUCACCGACCAGCUUUAACAAAUAUAGUUUAAGAUGAACAGUUGCUGAGAUAAGGCAGGAAACCCGAGGGCAACACCGUAGGGACCGAGCGGAGAUAAAACGUUAGCUAACGUUACGACGUUUAACGUUACUCGGGAGUUGCGAUGGUCCAGUUAAGGGAUAUUUUUCUAGCCCUGCUUCUUGUGGGCUACACAGUUUCACUGGAAGUAGAGAUCACACCAAGUCACGGUGAGAUUAGUCUUGGAGAGUCCAAAUUCUUCAUGUGUGAAGCCGAUGCCGCUGCCAGGCACAUAGACUGGUUUGGACCGAGUGGGGACAGGAUAGAACCGAACAGACCAGACAUAACAGUAACCCGUAACGAUGAUUCAUCUUCCACCCUCACACUGUAUAAAGCUGGGACUGAAAAUGCAGGGACAUACAAGUGUGUCGCUAGCAAUGGAGACCAGCAAGCGGAGUCAACCGUCAAAGUGAAAAUCUUCCAAAAAAUCACCUUUACAAACGCACCCUCACCCCAAGAGUUUACCGAAGGAGACAAUGCCAACAUUGUUUGUGACGUCAUCAGUUCGCCUCCACCCACUGUCUUCUGGAAAUAUAAAGGAGCAAAAAUACAGUUGGAAAAAGAUGUUCGCUUUAAGGUACUGAGCAACAAUCACCUUCAAAUCCGUGGCAUAAAGAAGACCGACGAGGGCUCCUAUACCUGCGAGGGUCGCCUCAUGGCCCGCGGCGAGAUUGAUCUGCGGGUCAUCAAGGUCGUUGUGAACGUGCUCCCGACCAUCAGGGUAUGGCAGUCCGAGGUGAAUGCCACAGCAGAUGUCGGCCAGGCUGCCAUGUUGACUUGUGCUGUUGAUGGCUAUCCUGAACCCAUGGUGACGUGGACAAGGAAUGGAGUGGUUCUCGAGGCAGGAGAGAAGUACAGCUUUAAUGAUGAUGGCUCCGAAAUGACAUUAAUGGAUGUUGCCAAGCUGGAUGAGGGAGAGUACACCUGCAUUGCCAAAAACAAGGCUGGGGAAAGUGAGCAGGAACUCAGUCUGAGAGUGUUUGUCAAACCUAAGAUCACAUACAUCGAAAACCAGAGCACUUCAGAGAUGGAGGAUCAGGUAACUCUGACUUGCGAGGCAUUAGGAGAUCCGACUCCCACCAUCAGCUGGAGUUCUGGUGAGCGCGUCUUCACCGAAGGAGAGCAGGCACAUCUAAACAGGAUCUAUCAGGCAUCAUGGACUCGGCCCGAGCAACACAAGAGUCUGGAUGGAAGUGUAGUGGUGAGGAGUGAUGCUCGUGUGUCCUCCCUCACUCUGAAGUAUGUCAAGUAUACAGACGCGGGUCAGUACCUCUGCUCAGCACGCAGUGCCAUUGGAGAGGAUGAUCAGCCGGCAUAUCUGGAGGUCCGCUAUGCCCCUAAGAUCAGCGGUGCAGUGGCAGUGUACACCUGGGAGGGAAAUGCUGUUAAUAUUAGCUGCGAGGUUAAGGCUCAUCCCAGUGAUGUAUCUAUUGUGUGGCUGAGAGAUGGACUGCAGCUCCCCAACUCAAACACCACCAACAUUAAGAUCUUCAGAAGCCCGUCAGCCAGCUACCUGCAGAUAACCCCCGAGUCUGAAAAUGACUUUGGGAGCUACAACUGCACCGCUUCAAAUGAGAUGGGCACAGAGUCCAAGGAGUUCCUGCUCAUUCAGGCCGAGGUGCCAUCGGCUCCAUCCGUCAGCGAGGUGAGACCCUUCUCCACCACGGCACAGAUCCAGUUUGAGGAGCCAGAAUCCACCGGUGGUGUUUCUGUUCUCAAAUACCGAGCGGAGUGGAGGACUCAGGGCAGGGGCAGCUGGGUGCAACGGGUCUAUGAAGUCCAGGAUGGCUACACCAGCGAGGUGACUAUCACAGGCCUGAAGCCGGAGACCAGCUACGAACUGAAGUUGUCAGCCAUCAACGGCAAGGGGGAAGGUGAAAGCAGCCCUGCGGAGUUCUUCAAGACGCAGCCUGUCCGCUAUACUUACAACAACGGCAUUUAUAAUUUUUUCACUGAAGACACAGAAGGGAAUCCCAAUCCUCCUAAACUCGAAGGGGCACUUCAACCCAAAGGCAACUCCCUCAAAGUCAGCUGGAUCAAGCAGGACGACGGCGGCUCGCCCAUUUUACAUUAUCUUGUCCGCUAUAAACCAAUACAGGUGUCGGAGUGGAAACCAGAAAUCCGACUGCCCAGCGGCAGCGAGCACGUGGUUCUCAGCGGGUUAGAGUGGGACACCGAGUACAAUGUCUAUGUGGUGGCAGAGAAUCAGAAGGGCAAGUCCCAGCCGGCCACCAUGUCCUUCAGGACCUCCACGGAGCCAGAGGCCAUCCAAGAUUUGGGUGAAGAGGCAGCGUUCUCCAUGGGCACCAUGCUCUGGACAGGGAUCCUUGUCGUAGUAUUUGUAUUCCUGCUGCUAGCUGUGGAUGUCACCUGUUUCUUUGUCAACAAAUGUGGCCUCAUCAUGUGCCUCUGCGGUAAAUCAGGCACAGGCACCAAAGGGCACAAUUUGGAGGAGGGCAAGGCAGCCUUCAUGAAAGAUGAGUCCAAAGAGCCAAUAGUGGAAGUCAGAACAGAGGACGAGUGCACAGCCAAUCAUAACGCAGCAGGACCAACCGAACCCAAUGAAACCACGCCUCUCACAGAGCCAGAGCUGGCGGCUUACACCGCUGCUCUGGCACUGGACACCCUCUCCUCCGUAGCCACCAACUCUGACACAGCCACUGCAACCAUUGACCCCGGUCAGGACAGCCCCUCUAGCGAGACCACUACCCUCACUUGUAGCCUGUCUACCCCGGCCAACGACCCCUCACCCACCCCCGUCCUGGCCCCAGCCCCGACUCCAGAGUCAAACACUGCCCCGCCGACUCCCCUCAGCUUCACCUCAGCCGUCGAAGCUAAAAUGGCCCCGUUAGUGGAACAGAGAGGAAGUAUCACCCCAGAAGAACAGGAGAAAAUAACCACUCCUCCUAGUACCCCUGAAUGGACUAAAGCUAAAAAAUCUGGGACACCCAUACCACCGAAGCGUAGACACUCUCCUAAACUUGCCGCGUUGAAUGCUAAAGGGAGCCCGCCUGUAUCUCCGCUGGCUGCGUCUUCCUCAUCGUCCUCUCCCAAUCUCGACACCAAGAAGCCUGCCCCGAGGCCACCGGUCAAUAAGCUCCCCAUACAGCCACACGUCGUAGACUCAGACACCGAGACGCCAGCACAAACGGCCGCCACUCUAGCAACCGCUGCCCCUCCAAAACCAGACCCCGAUUCAAAGACCCCAGAUCCUAGUGGGUGUAGCCUUACUGCCUUUGAUGCUAAUAAUAGACCCGCUGACAAAACUGUUGAUAAUAACACUGACAAAGAUGCUCCAACUAGUUCUCCUUCAGUGAUCCACAGUGCUCCUAAAGUCCCGGAAGCUGAAGAAUCUGCUCCUCUAGUUGCAGACGUCCCCUCGCCGUUGCCUGUUACCCCUAUCCCUUCUUCCCCUGCCCCCGCCACUGUUGAGGCGCCGGUUCCAAAUGAUCUCCUCACAUCGCCGUCAGACACGUACAACUUGCAAACCUGUGACGUGGGGCCCAAAAGUGCAGAUUUAGAGUUAGAGUUGACUAACGGGACAGAAAGACCCUCCUGGACCCCCGCUGACCUUAUUAGCUUAGAGAGCCCGCCCUCUGCCCCCUCUCUGCCCAAUGGAGACAGAGGAGACCUCCCCCCCUCAGGCCCAGUUCUGGAGGCGUCAGAGACUCUGGCCAAGACUGCUCCUCCUGUCAACGAUGAGAAGAUUUUUUCUGAUGAGAAAGGCAAACUGGAGGAGGCAGACUUGUCAAACGUCUUGACGGAGAUCGCUGCAGAACACAACAGUGUCAUACAGACAAAAACCACCGAGAGCAAAGCAUGAUGGGCCGGGGAAACCCCAGCCCAAUCUAAAACAUUUUGCAGCAGCAAAGAGCUAGAAACACUGCAGGAGUUUUGUUUUCCAGUGCCCUUAACUACAUAUUCAAAACAACACACACACACACACACACACACACACACACACACACGUGUCGAUUGGUUAGAGCGCACUACGACUGUGCUUUUAGUUCUGGUUUCAUUCAUGAAAUGUUUACUACACCUGAGGAGUUAAUCUUGAGAUCAUAAGAGAUUUAUUUUAUUUUUUUAUUGUUAUUUUAUUUAACCAGUCAGGAUGAUUAAGGACAAUCUCUUAUUAUAAUAGUCGCUUGGUAAAUAUGUGAAAAUUGGACUCUAACUUCUGUUCUGUGUUUUUAGUUUGAAUUGCAACGACGCACAAGUAUUUGGAUUAUCUGAGAAAUGUAAAAAAGAACCAAAAAAAAAACCUGACUAUAUAUAGAAAUUAUUUUUCUUAUUUUCAUGUUCAACUGUUGGCAUUUUUUUUUAUCAUUAUUAUUUGUGGGCUUGUCUCAUUAAAAUAGCUUGUUCUGCAUGUCUGA